AUGGAAAAAGAAUUGAGUUUGGAAGAAAAAAUUAAAAUUGUUACCAGUUUCUUGCUUGAUAGUCCGCCUGGCGAAAUCAAUGACGUAUAUACUGAUCUACAAACAUUGAUGAAUGAUGAUGCCGCUUUUAAAGAAGGAAUAUUAUCUGCUCUAGAAGAAUAUAAUACAAAACAAUACAUAACAGUGAAACUGCCCGGACAAGAGCAUGAAGUAAUCAUUUCAAAAUAUGGACAAUCAGAGAAUGGUCUUUUCGUUGAUCCAAAGUCACGUCAAAUUUUUCGAGUUGAUCAUAUGCUGCCAGAAGCAACCGUCGUCGAAUCACUCGAACCAGACGAAGAGACUGAACCAUUAAGAGCUGCACUAGAAAAAGCUGUUGAGGAUUACGUUAUUGAUCAUUAUCCAAAGGGUGUCUCAGCUGUUUAUUCCAAGGAUCAAAAACUGACGAUAGUUAUCGUCGAUAAUAAGUAUAAUCCUGAUAAUUACUGGAAUGGUCGAUGGCGUUCUACUUGGUUUAUUUCACCAGAUUCGGGCGAUAUCAAAGGAAAUGUCAUAGUUAAUGUACACUAUUAUGAAGACGGGAACGUUCAAUUGAAUUGUAAUAAGGAUUUUGAGUUAACUGCAAAUACGAAUUUCGAAAAUCAUGCAUUAGCAGCUGCCGCAUAUGUAAAGCAAAUUGGAAAAGUAGAAAAUGAAUUUCAGGCUUCAUUAAUUGAAGCUUAUGCGGAUCUUUCAGACAAUACAUUCAAGAGUUUGAGACGUGCACUUCCGUUAACGCGAAACAAAUUGGAUUGGGAUAAGAUAUCUAAUUACAAUAUCAAGCAAGAGUUAAACAAGGAAAAAUAA